AUGGAUGUUGUCCCUGUGGAGGUAGCUUCAGUCGUCCUGCAGUCUGUAGAUGGAACUCAGACGGAGCUACAGAUCAGUGGAGGAGAAAACCUCAGUCCCGCUCUGCUGAACCCGGCCCUCUGUGCUAAUGUGGUGCUGAAGGUUGUCUAUGUGAUUAUGUACAACCCAGCUGGUGAGAUAGUAAAUGCAGCGGUGUCCCUGGUGCUGGGAUUUUUCAGUGAAGCAGCGCUGGCCCUGGAACAGGAGUUCCAUAUCACAUUCGUCCAGGAGAAUGUGGGGGAGGUGGCUAUCUACUACAGUGGAAAUCCAGGUUACGUGGUUGGGCUACCCCUUGUGUCUGCAUCAAGAACAGCAGAUGGGAUUGUUAGAAGCAUCGACCCCAGAGACACUGUGUCUCUUCUCCACAGUGCUGAGGACCAGGACUGUCUGAAAGGGCCACAUCAGCGCUCACCUGUCCUGUUCGGUCUGGACUCUGUGUCUGGCUGCACAUUAAGACUGGAAGACGCUGCCAACUGCUCUCUGGUCUUUCAAGUGCUUUUGGACGUACUGCGAGGACCAAACUACCCGCAGUACGUGGCUUCCUUUGGAAACUCCCCGUUAGACUAUCCAUUGGACUGGGUGCCAAUCAAGAACGACUUCAGUCCCGGGGAGAGUUGCAGCAUCCCGUUGUCACUUCAUUUAGAAAUUGAGUGGACUAAAUAUGGAUCCCUGGUGAACCCCCAAGCUCAGAUUGUGAGCAUCAAAGAAGUGAUCCAAACCAACACCACCAGUUUGGAACUGUUAAUCGGAGGCAGCAGGGUCCUGUCAAUCAGCAGCUCAGUGGCCUUCAUACCAGUUUCUGCUGCGGCCCUUCCUGGGUACAGAGCCAUGCCCACCAUCGACGCCAAACUACCCUUCGACUUCUUCUUCCCUUUUGUCUGAACACUGUGGGUUCCACUCACCAGUGUACACUAACAUUUACCAAACACACUGGUGCAUGCCAUUUCUGACAGCAAGCACUGUGUGUUACUGUACAUUGUGUAAAUACUGUAUAUAGGAUUUUUGUAAGAAGACUAUUGAACAA